AUGAGUCCACUUCCCGCCGCCAUGUUUCCGGGUUCUAAACCACCCCCCACCCCCAUUGAAAAUUACAUGGAAGAUAUUCCGUAUAGUAGGAAGACAUGCGUUUCUAACGGGAACGGGGUACACGUUCUUCAGUUUUCCCCCCUCAGGAGUGACCACUGGAGGGUAACCUGGACGUGCACUCUGAAAAGAGCUUCUCCCGUCGCCUCCAUGGAGCUGACCCUUAGUGGCCCCUGUGCGGGCAGCCCACGCAGAGCACCAUGAUGGUAGCGCUGGGCGCGGGGGUAGAGCGCCUCCCAUCACAGAGACGCGGGGCUGCUGCGCCGCACAUGGCGGCUGUCAUUCGGGUCAGAGGCAAAAGGGUUGCGUCCGUAGUACAGCAAACCAAGACGAAAGUACCCGAAGGCUGGUACUACAACUCUUGCAGGAAUCUUAUGGCGAUGCUCCCAGAGCAGCAGGUGCAAGGGAAGCUGCUCCAGUAUGAGGCUUUUGUCAGUGAUGUGCUGCAGAGGGAUCUCCAGAAGGUGUUGGAACAGCGGGAGGAAGUCUGUGAAAAGAUUGCACAGUACUUGCAGCUCAAGAAUGUUAUCGAGCGAUUGCAGGAGACAAGAGGCCAGGAACUGGUGACACAAGUGGAUCUAGGCUGCAAUUUCUAUGUCAAUGCAGAAGUGCCAGAAACUUCUACCAUCUUUGUAGCACUAGGUUAUGGGUUCUAUGCAGAGUUGACGCUGCCUGAGGCACUGGUCUUCAUUGAGAAGAAGAACAAACUUCUGACAGAAGCAAAUCUGUACUACAGGCAUGAUCUGGAUUAUCAUCAUUCUCUCUCUGCAGGCUCAGCGAGGCCCUCACCAAAGACUCUGCCAAGAUCAAAGCCAAUAUCCGGAUGGUUUUAGAGGGCUUGCGUGAACUCCAAGGCCUCAAGGAUUUGCCUGAGGAGACCAGAAGAGAUGACAUCUUUUAGGCACCUCUCCUCCCUUACCCACAGGGAGUUGUUUUCCAUGUCUGACAUGCUGGAAGAAGAGUUCAUCUCUUGCACAUUUUGGUGAGAGCAGGAACUGUACCUGCAACUGCAGGAACACUGCUUCAUGUGGUGUAAAGAAUGUGAGACAAUAUGGGAGGUGUGGCUUGGAAGGGGAAGGAAAACUUCUCAUGGGGUGGGGAAAUUGCCUUCUUUGCCCCAGACGCUCCCUCCUUCUCUACCUCUGCUUCUUAGUGCAAGCUCAUUUCAAUUGUAAAAAUAAUAAAGAUUCUGCAUUCCA